AUGUAAAAUUAAUAUUUUGUGAAAGGUUUAGGAUUUGCUCAAAAAUAAGAGCCUCAAGAAACAAGAUCAUAUGGACGAAUAAAAAAGAAUCCUUAUUCAGCUUAUAAUAAUCGAAGUUACAAUUUAGUAUGUCGAAAAUUUUAAAUUUAGAAUUGUCGAGAUCAAAGAAUUUGCAACGAUAAUUUUAAAAGAUUAAUACAUAUUGUCAAUCAUGCAAUUAAAAAUUAAGCAGCUACGAUGUUUAAAUAUUUAAGGUGUAUUUAAUUUGUAAAGCUAGCAUUUAUGUUCAAAAUAAAUAAUAAGAAGAAAUAAAAGCUUAAUAAAGAAUAAUAAAAAAAGGGCUAAUAAAAUUUUAGCAUGCUAUAUCAUUAUAUAAUAAUCGAUUGAAAUGUUUAGCCUUUUUUAGCUUGUCAAAAGUUAAUGUAUUAUCUCAUUUGAAAAAAGAGUUAAGAAAUUAAAAAUAAUAAACAUAAUAGCCUCUAACCCAUUAGAUAUUCAGAAAAUGGAUAUAAUUAACUUUUGAAUAAAAAUUUAUUAGGUUAUUAAAAUAACGGAAAUUGAAUAUGAUGAGUUUUUAUAAAUUUACUUUAAAUAAAAUACUAACUAAGUAAGAGUCUUUAAAAGCAUGGAGUUUUAACAAAUUAAAAACUGCCCAGCUAAAAUAAAUUAUAAAUAAAUUAAUUACUAAUAUAGGUUUAUAAAAAUUGCGAUUGAGCUUAUUCAAUUCGGAGAAUGGGGUUUAUUAAUAUUUGAUAAAGCCUUAAAAUUUAGAAAAAAUAAUUGCAUUCUAAAAGUUAAAACAUUAUUAAUAUUUUAAUUCUAAUCAGCAUUAUUUUAUAUUAAUUUUCACGAAUACCAUCAGUAACAUCAUUAAAUUACAUAAGAUAGUAAAAUAAACUAAUUGAGAACUUUGUUCAUAUAAUCCAUUAGAAUAAUAGAAUAAGAAGUUAAUCAUAUAGUACCAAAAGAGUAAUUACAAUAAUUUGACAUUGAAUUAGCUAGAUAAUCUGUGCACUCUAAAUUGGAGCAUUAAAAAGUCUUAUAAAGAUAUAUGAAACAAACUGAUUAUAAAUCUCAUAGAGGAAUAUGUGCUAUAAUGAAAUAUUUAGUUAAUAAGCAACUCUAUCCAAUAUUUUAUUAGAUAAAAGAUUUGAAAUAGGCUUAAGAUACUGAAGUUUAAGAUGGGACUGUUAAAAAUUUUGUAAAAUUAUAUUAUAUUCAAGAGUGCUAUUGCAGCACGACUAAAUUAAAAAAUUAAAGCAAAAAAUACAAAAUCUUAAAAACUCGAGAUUAUAUUUCGUAUUGAAUAGAUCUUUCGUAGAAAUUAUUACCAUGAAAAAGAUAUUCUUAAAAAUAAAUUUAGAUAAUGGCAAAUCAAUAUUACUUUUCCUACUUCUAUGUAUCAUGAUUUUGAAAUAAGACAGAGAGUUUUAAGAAAUGAAAAGGUAAUUAAAUAAAAUUUAAUCUAGGAAGCCAUUAUGAGUGAUAUUGAACAAUUAGAAACAUUAAACAAUGAGUUAUUAAUAACAGUGAAUUAAGUGAAAAAAACAUUUUUGUCUGAAGAAUCAAAUUUUUAUACAUCUCAAAAAAACGAAUAAAAAUAAAUUGAAAUACAAAGAUUCGAUAUUUAAGAAAAUUUAACUUCAUAAAAAGAAUUCAAGAUUGCUUUUGAAUAUGUAGAUUAUUUAAAAGAAGAUGUAAAUUAAAUUGAUUAUAUAGAACAUUAAUUUAAAAAAACAAGUUUAAAAGAAUGAAUAGUUAAUGUUGGAAGAAAUCUAAAAAUUAGAAUUACAAUUGGAAGUAAUAAUCUUUAUUUUCUUUUAGGAGCUUAAAAAAGAAUUAGAUAAUUGA